GAACUAGCAACACCAAUUCGCCCGCACCCAACUCAGUCGCCACACAUUCGCCGCGAGUGACGCCUGUCGAGUCGCUUCGCUUGCAAUAAAUCAUACCUAAGGACAACUCGAUAAUAAUAUGGCUGAAAAAUCAAUUCGCGAUGUGAGCAUACAGUCAGUAAUAGACACUAUGAAGAAUUAUGAGCUGUUGUGGAAUCCAGAUAUCCGCGAAUUCAAAAACAAAUGCAAGAAGAAUGAAGCGUGGAUAGAAGUCGCGAAAACACUGCAAAUAACAGUGGACACAGCGAAGACGAAAUGGAAGAACAUCAAGGAUAUCUUCAGGAAGGAGAUGCACAAGUAUCCGGUGACCAGACUGGAGGACUACGACGGGUCCUGGCAACACUUCGAAUCCGUGUGGUUCCUCUACAGGCCCGGAGACGCUCCCAAAAAACGGACCAAAAGGGACACAAAAAGUUACGACGACAGUCAAAGCGACAACAGCAGCGACAAAUUCUUCGUGAAGACAGAACCGGAGACCGAAGUGUACGUCGAAGAUAACAGGCUCCACGAUGAGUUCGAGCCCAAAAGACCGAGGGUGGAAGAAGAUGAUGACUACGACAUGAUGUUUCUGAAGUCCCUCGCUCCGUAUCUGAGAGCGUUAAGGCCUAUUAAGAAGUUGGCGGUGAGGAAUAAGAUACAACAGAUGCUGAUGGAUGAACUGGGUUCGGAGACGCAUUAUGAAGUUUAACUAGUAUAUGUAGUAAAUAAUAAUUAUAUUCAACCUACGUCGUAUUGUUAAGGGUACGCAAGAAAUAGUUCAGGUAUGAUAAAUAUCCAAUGUGCAGACGAAGACAUUCACAGGAUAACUAUUAUAAUAUGCGACUAUACUGUACUCGGCAA